GCCAUGUCCAUCUUCACCCCCACCAACCAGAUCCGCCUCACCAAUGUGGCCGUGGUGCGGGCCCGGCGCGCCGGGAAGCGCUUCGAGAUCGCCUGUUACCGCAACAAGGUCAUGGGAUGGCGCAGCGGAGCGUCCCUUCCAACUCAGCACAUUCUGUGAUUCUGUGACCCAGUUGUGUGGGGCAGCGCCGUGUGGGCACCCGGCUGUGGCAGGGGAGAGGCCCAUGUGGGUCCUGGCUGUGGAGCCGGGGAGCUUUUGUGGUACCCAGCUGUCCAGCCCAGGAAGGUGGUGGGAUCUGCGUGAAUCCAGGGAGAAAGAUCUCGACGAGGUCCUGCAGACACACACAGUGUUUGUCAACGUUUCCAAAGGCCAGGUGGCAAAGAAAGAUGACCUUGUUAAAGCAUUUGGGACGGAUGACCAAACAGAAAUCUGUAAGAUGAUUUUAUCGAAAGGCGAGCUGCAGGUAUCGGACAAAGAACGGCACACGCAGCUGGAGCAGAUGUUUAGAGACAUCGCGACUAUCGUGGCUGACAAAUGCGUGAAUCCCGAAACAAAGAGGCCGUACACAGUGAUCCUCAUAGAAAGAGCCAUGAAGGACAUUCACUACUCAGUCAAACCAAACAAGAGCACGAAGCAGCAGGCCCUGGAAGUGAUCAGACAGUUAAAGGAGACCAUGCAAAUCGAACGUGCUCACAUGAGGCUGCGAUUUCUUCUUCCAGCAAAGGAGGGGAAGAAACUGAAAGAGAAGCUCAAGCCGCUGAUUAAAGUGAUUGAGAAUGAAGAUUUCCACGAACAGUUAGAAAUCGUGUGCCUCAUUGAUCCAGGCUGCUUCAGAGAGAUCGAUGAGCUGAUCCGGAGCGAGAGCAAAGGGAAAGGAACGCUGGAAGUGCUCAGUCUGAAAGACGUGGAGGAAGGAGAUGAAAAGCUCGAAUAACGAAACCCUGCCUGGAGCGGUUCUACGUUAACAACAUCCCGCGAAACAACCGGCCUUCGCCGCUCUCUUCCGUUAGGCCUUUGUGGUUUUUUUUUUCCCAAUCUCUUGCUGCCAAAUAUAUUCUGACACUAAUCCUUUGGGAUUUUUC